GACGCUUCGUUUUUUUCGACUUUCUUUCGUUCGAGUUUGUUCGACUGACCUACGACGGACGCGACGUCAAAUUUUAAUUGCUACAGCUACAAGCAAGCUUUAGUUUUCGAAUUUGAUCAUAAUUUGUGCAUCAUGGAACUAAAAUAAAAUGAAGUUAAUAUUAUAAGCACUCAUGUGCACAGUAUUCAUGAUUUUUACAAGUAUCAUAGACCUUUGUUUUGCUACCAACAAGUAAACUUCGUGUUGGGGGUUCAAAUAAAUCGUGCUCAAUGUUGAUCAAUAAUAUGAAUCCUGUUUGUCUGACACAAAGGAACCCUUUAGUAUAUUUGGAUAUUUCGAUUGAUGGAGAACAAGCGGGACGUAUUGUGAUCAAAUUAAGAAAUGAUGUGGUGCCAAAGACAGCAGAAAAUUUUCGAGCUCUAUGUACCGGCGAAAAGGGUAUCGGGGUCAAUGGGAAGCCGCUACAUUUCAAAGGCUCGAGAUUUCACAAAGCUGUCACCCAGUUUAUGAUACAAGGAGGUGAUAUUAUAAAUGGUGAUGGAAGCGGCGGCGAAAGCAUAUACGGACCCGUAUUCGAAGACGAAAAUUUUAAAUUAAAGCAUGAAGCCGGAGUCUUAAGUAUGGCGAACGUCGGCCGGCCUCACACUAAUGGCUCCCAGUUUUGCAUCACAACCGUCCCGUGCAACCACCUAGACGGGACUAAUGUAGUGUUCGGUGAAGUACUGGCCGGUAUAGGCAUAGUCAAGGAGAUACAACGCUUCGCUGACGAAGAUCUAUGCCGCCCCAUGGUGGAAUGCGUGGUUCACGACUGCGGUGAGAUUAUAACCAGCGAUUGGGACGUUUGCUGCCGAGACGGGACCUCUGAUAAGCUGCCAGAGUACCCCGAAGAUUACAGGGAUGAAGAUAUUACAGUAGAACAACUAAUAUCAUCAAUAAGGGAUGUGAAAAACGCCGGCAACUGUUAUUUCGGCGAGGGGCGGUAUAAGGCCGCAGUGAGAAAGUACCGCAAGUGCCUGAGGUAUCUAGACCAUGCCUUGUAUAGGAUAGAAGAAGUUAAGGACAUUGACACGAAGGAACAAAUACAAGAAAUUAGAACAACUUAUGUGUCUCAAUGUUAUUUAAACAUGGCGGCGUGUUAUAUGAAGUUAGAAGAUUAUAGAUCUACUAUUCAAUUCAGCACAGCGGUUCUAGAAAUAGACCCAAGAAAUGAGAAAGCUUUAUACAGGCGCGGGCAAGCUAAUUAUGCACUAAAGAACUAUGACGAUGCUCUUAUGGACUUGAAACACGCGGACAAAGUGUCGCCUAACAACAAGGCUGUGCAAAAACUCUUAGACGAAGUAAGGUUAACAAAUAAAAGUUAUAACGAAAUGCAAAAACAACGGCUGUCAAAGUUUUUUCGUGAGCAAAAAGAGGCGUUUAUCGAGAUCACAUGUGAGGUCGCAGAUCACUGAACUAAGACUGACGGUAGUUAUACGUAGGAUUAUGUAGACAAUACGCUUUUUGAGCGCGUUUAGAACGGCCACCGGGCGGUGUUGCUAGAUAAUAUCCGUUUUGAAAUAAAUACAUUUUGUUUAUUGUUUUAAUCACGUUUUUAGAGAUGAGUCAUGACAGCUAUACUAUAGAAAUCAAAGCUUUAAGAUUAAAGUGUAAUAGCAUUUUACAUAACAUUGUUAUAAAUUAAAAAAGGCGGGGAUUUUGCAAAUUAGUUGGGCAACAUCGGCUGUGGCGGCCGGUUGGUACGGAGAGUUAGUUAGAAUGUUUCAAAAAGGUACUAAUUUAGUAUGCCACGUAAGGCAUUAUGGUAGGAAUACAUAAAAUGCCGAAGGUAUUGAGUCUAUUUUUUAGACAACUAAUUAAUUCCAUUCAAGGCAGUGAUUUUUUUGACGUAAUAUUGACUGAAAUUAAAUCGUUUUGUUUGUAGUUAGGCGCGUAUGUAUGUAUGCCGUAAAUGAAGUAGAAUCAGAGAAAAUAUUUGCGAAUAUAAAUCGUAUUAUUUUGGUGUCGUCCAAUUGUAGAGAAGAAUCACAAAAUGACAGUUGCAUUGGGUAGUUACGUAUGUGUUAAUUGUAAUUAAUAAUUAUGUUUAAGUUUAAAUUUCAAAGUUAAAAUAAUUUAAGAGGUGAAUUAUGACGUUUGACAUUCAGUUGUCAUGAUGUCAUGAGGUGUCUGUGUUGCAUAAAAUAGCUGUCCAAUCAAACAGGCACUUCAACGGUAUAACACCAUUAUAAUUUUCUUUUUUUAAUACUACGUCUAAUUUUAUACUGAAACAAUUGAACUAAAAACGUUCAAUUUUAAAGCUGACUGAUUACAAAAACAACGGAAUGAACGUCACUCAAUGAUAAAAAAUCAUACCAUUCUAAUUGUGCCAAGUUACAUUCUAUGCCUUUUGUUUGUCUGUCAUAACGCACCUUUUAAAUUACUUUAAUUAUAAUGAUUAGACAUUGCGUAGUCUGUGUAUUGAAUGCAGGGGUAGUGGAAUGACAAUAUGCUUUAUUUUUAGGUUUAAGGUUUUAUCUGUGGUACCUUUUUUGUUGAAUUGUGUAAUAUUUUUUAAGUUAACGUUGAACUAGUGAUACAAUCAAUACUCAUACAUUCAAUUUUACUUGAGUAUCAAUAUGUAAUGUGUGUUAAUGACAGUCGUUAAUUUUAGACCCAUAACCUACAAAUUGGUUUAAUAUUAUUUUGAAGGAUCCGCCUUAAACAUCACAUAGUUAAUCAAUCCUACAAAUCAAUUUUACUAUUUUUUUUUUAUAGAAAUGCGGUGUUUUAUAUAAAUUUAAAAAGUGCCUCAGGUAUUCACUACACAGACAGAGCUUUUUAUUGUAUAUUAUUAGCCGAAAGAAACAAGCUGUUAUGAGAUUUGAUAUUAGUAUUCUUAUACAGGGUGAAAUUAAUAACUUGCAUUGGAAAUUGAGUGAGUCACUUUGCGAGAUUUAAAUGUACCUUUUACCUAAUUAUUGUAUGGUAAUGUGAAUAUUCUGCUAAAUGUGAGUGCAUUUUUGUCCUUUUAUAUUGUAAAAAAUAAACACCGCAUCGAUUUUUCAGUAUAUAAUUGUGUCUAGUCUUGAUAUUAUCGGAUGUCAAAACAUUUUUGAAUUUACAGUAUGUUUGUAUAACGUUUAUGUGUAAGUGUAUUGGUCUAUUGUUAAUGAAAUAUUAAAUUUAAUCGAUCAUUUUUAAAUGAAAUUAUCUUCUAUACAAAUUAUUUUGUCGGCGUAUGUUCUGGAAGUUACAUUAAGUAACUGAAGCAGCCUAGCCGUUUAAAAAAAAGAGCUAUGGUCCGUACGAACAACAGGAGGGUAUGCAUAUAACAGUUAUUUAAAACGUUGUUGAUAACUUUUGUCAUGGGUUUGUCUUUUACGGUUUUACCUCUAUGCCGUAUUUCAAUCUAUGUAUAUUAUUUAUUUCUCGAAAAAUACUUGGCAUUAUUUGGCGAUACAGUUUAACAAUUAAAAAAAUAAAUAAUAUAAUCACAAUCAAGAGCGCAGGACGCAGAGUUGGGAAGUGUUUAUUUUCAUCCAAAUUCACUCCAAAUAAACGCAUGAAAAAGCUAUUUGAAAAUGUCAAAACAUUUUCUGCUCUUCAUGAUAGAAAUUAAUGAACAAAAUUGAAGUAUGUGAAUAUAGUUGUUAUUUUAAAAUCACGAACAAAUGUAAAACUUAAAUUUUCUACCGAUUUGUAGCAUAUUUUAAUUUCACUCUGUUAAUUUAUGUUUUAAGGAUUUAAUUGGCUGUACUUAGGUGUUAAGUUGUCACACUGCCAUGCGAAAGUAUUUUAUUGGGUAUAAAUUGUAUUAACAUUCAGCCGAUUUUGAUAUUCGCGCAUUAAGACAGGUGGGAUGUUUCUAAGUUGUAUGAGUCGUCACAAAACUAAGACCUAGACUCUACUAACGAGACAACAAGGCUGCGGUUCCACUGAGGCGGAGACGAGCAGAGCUGAGAGGAGACGUGUGGGGAUCGACCAAUUACAUUACAUAAAAUCUACAUCUCGUCUUUUUCAUGUAAUGUGAUUGGUCGAUCCCCACACGUCUCUUUUCAGCUCCGUUCGUCUCCGCCUCAGUGGAACCAGAGCCUAAGAGCUGAGCGGAGCGGAUCGGAGACGUUCUCAAACAACUAAUAGAAUUUCGUUAUUGAAACGUCGUCCUACAGUUGUAUCGACUGAGCGGAGAUAUUCGAAGGGUUGUUUAAAAAGCGUUUCCGUACCACUCCGCUUGUCUCCGCAUUCGUGAAGUCUAAGCCCUAAGUAAAAAGGAAAAAUAAAUAUUUUUAUAGCACGUCUUAGUACAGUUUUACAGUAAUCAUUUAUCUUCGGUCGAUUGGAUGCAUAUUAGAAAAGAACUAAGUUCGACGAACUGUAGACAGUUAUGCACAUUGAGCCUGUAUAGCUUAUAUUCACACAAACUUUACUAAGUAACCUUUAGAAACAUCUCAUUUGCUUUAUUAUUUAUCUCAUUUUGUAAAUAAACAUUUUUUACCGUU